AUGCCUAUCUAUAUCGAUAAUGGCUCUGACCUCGCUAGACUCAUCAUUAUAGACUUGCAUUGCAACAAUGGUCACUGUGGCAAAGAUCUCAUACUUUCUCUGGCUAGACAGAAAUAUUGGAUUCCGCAGCCAUCAAGAGCAAUUAAGAAGUACACAGAAGAUUUUACUAUUUGUAAGAGAUGCCAAGAAAUUUAUCCUGCAUUUGAACCAGAGUUGAUACAGACAGCUGCUCAAGCUUACGAUGCGCUUGCAUCUUGGGAAAACAUAGCAACAAAGUUCUGGGAGAAGUGGAACACUGAAUAUCUUACUAUUUUACGUGACAGCCACAGAUGUCAAUUGAAUAAGAAACGUCAUGUGAGUAAAAUCCCACAAGUCGGCGAAAUUAUUUUGGUUGAACAGGAAUUACUGCCCAGAGGACAUAUAUGGGUAUACGGUAAAACAGAAGAUUUAGUACGAAGCGCAGACGGCAUGAUAAGGUUCGCUAAAAUUCUAAUGCCUAGCCGCAAAGUUUUGCAAAGACCAGUCAAUAAAGUAUACCCUCUAGAAAUUCCUCCAGAACCUGACAACCAACAAUCGGUUGAACGAAAGUCUGAGAUUAUGGAUAAUGAUAUCCAUAUCCCAACUGUAACUAAAUCUAGAAUUCAUCUAGCCAGAACCUCCAAAUCUCGCGCUGUAGACGAUUCGAUAUAUUCGCUGUCAUUCGAGAAUUCGAUACAGACCUCGACAGAUCAAUUACUAAUACAUCUACUCGAUCAACAGUGUCCUGGCUAA